GAAAGUUUACCGGACGUGGGCGGCGGCCGCGGCGGUAGCGGCUCCCGGCGGCGGCCCAUGGCUCCCGGCGGCGGCCGCGGCCCUGUCCCACGGCGGCCUCGGGCGGCGUCGCCGAGCCGCCUGGCUUCCCGCGAGGGGCCGGCCCGCGACUGAGCGGCGGCGGGCGCGUCGAGCGCCGCCACCAUGCGGCGGAGCCUGCGGGCGGGCGCGGGCGGCGGAGAGCCGAGGCGGAGGCGGCGCCGGCCCGGGAGGCGGCGGCGGGCGGCGGGCUCGCGGCCCUAGGCGAGCGGCUGGGGCUGGGGCGGCGGGCGGGCGUCGUCCGCGAGGAUGCUGUCCCGCAAGAAAACCAAAACGGAGGUGUCGAAGCCGGCCGAGGUGCAGGGCAAGUACGUGAAGAAAGAGACGUCGCCCCUGCUGCGGAAUCUCAUGCCUUCAUUUAUUCGGCAUGGCCCAACAAUCCCAAGACGGACUGAUAUCUGUCUUCCAGAUUCAAGUCCUAAUGCUUUCUCAGUUUCUGGAGAUGGAGUAGUUUCAAGAAACCAGAGUUUUCUGAGAACUCCAGUUCAAAGGACGCCUCAUGAAGUCAUGAGAAGAGAAAGCAAUAGACUGUCUGCACCUUCUUCUUACCUUGUCAGGGGCCUGGCAGAUGUUCCUCGAGAGUAUGGCUCAUCGCAGUCAUUUUUAACAGAAGUUAAUUUUGCUGUUGAAAAUGGAGACUCUGGUUCCCGAUACUUUUAUUCAGAUAACUUUUUUGAUGGUCAGAGAAGGCGGCCACUUGGAGACCGUGCACAAGAAGACUACAGAUACUAUGAAUACAGCCAUGAUCUCUUCCAGAGAAUGCCACAGAAUCAGGGGAGGCACGCAUCAGGUAUUGGGAGAGUUGCUGCUACAUCUUUAGGGAAUUUAACUAACCAUGGAUCUGAAGAUUUACCCCUUCCUCCUGGCUGGUCUGUGGACUGGACAAUGAGAGGGAGAAAAUACUACAUAGAUCAUAACACAAACACAACUCAUUGGAGUCAUCCUCUUGAACGAGAAGGACUUCCUCCUGGAUGGGAACGAGUGGAGUCAUCAGAAUUUGGAACCUAUUAUGUGGAUCACACAAAUAAGAGAGCUCAGUACAGGCACCCCUGUGCUCCCAGUGUGCCUCGGUAUGAUCAGCCUCCUCCCAUCACGUACCAGCCACAGCAAACUGAAAGAAAUCAGUCCCUCCUGGUUCCUGCGAAUCCCUACCAUACUGCAGAAAUUCCUGACUGGCUUCAGGUUUAUGCCCGAGCCCCUGUGAAAUAUGACCACAUUCUGAAGUGGGAACUCUUCCAGCUGGCUGAUCUGGACACAUACCAGGGAAUGCUGAAGUUGUUGUUCAUGAAGGAGCUGGAGCAGAUCGUUAAGCUGUACGAGGCCUACAGACAGGCUCUUCUGACUGAGUUGGAAAACCGCAAGCAGAGGCAGCAGUGGUAUGCCCAGCAGCAUGGCAAGAAGUUUUUAAGUUAACUUUAUCACAAUCCAAGUUUUGUAAGAGCUUUAAAAUAUUUUCAGGUAAAUGACUGCAAACAAAUACUUUGGUUAAUAAAGGCAACUUACUAUUUGGAAUUAUAAAAUUCUAGUUUUACAUAUAUUUUGUUAUCAAAUUUUUUUCUUUUAUUGAACCAAAAACUAGUUUUAUCAUUUAAAGAGCCAAUAUGGCAUACGCUUCCAAAUGCUGUACUAGGAAACUGCUUUGAAUAUUCUUGAUGAAAAGGAGUCCAGGAAGAGAACAUAACCAGGCAUUAGACAGGAAACAAUCACUCUCCUUAUGAACACACCCUUCUUGUUCAGAAAAAGGAAGAGGGCAGGAGCACAUUUUUUGAAAAGUUGCUUACUAUGGUGUCAAGUACUUUCUGGAGUAGGGUAGUUUGACCAUUACCAUGGGUGUAAUUCAAAACUACAAAAUAGGACUUGGAACCUUUGUUCUGAUGAACUUGUCUGUGAUGUGUGUGGUCACGUAAGGAGUGCCUGAGAAGUACCCUUUCGGGAAUCCAUUUAAACACAGGCCAUAGCCUAUGCGGAACUGCUGCUAACACUGCUUCCUUCCUUUGAGCCAGAGCAGGCACUGCAGUUCUCAGGCUCUGCUGAGACAGAGUACACCGCCUUCCACCAGGCAAGGCUGAGCUGCCAAAAAUGACAAUCGGAUCCGAUAAGAAAUCUUCAAUAAAUUUUGUAAGCCUUUUUUAUCUUAAAGAAGUAUUUGCUGUAAAGGUUUAGAAACAGGUCAUUCCAUCCCAUUUUUCUUGCUUUGGGCUUAGUAGUUGUUCAUAACUAGCACCAAACACUUAACAUACAUUUAUGGAAUUUCCAACUGUACAUCUAGAAUUCUGUGAAUUUCAUAGCUCUUCAGUUGUACUUACAAGUGUUGUAAAUAUGUAUAUAUUUCACUUUAGUUUUCCUAAAUACAAGCACUCCCUGUUAGAAAUGAGUUUGAAUUAUUGAUAAAAUUUUGUGUUUGAUUUUAUAUAACAAGUUAUUAAAUAUAUUUUUGUGGAAA